GUCAUAAACCAGCGGCGAACUCCAGCUUCUGGAUGUGGUUCACCCAAAAAAAGAUACUGAGUCCAAACACAGAAAAACUCCAGGUGAAGCGACUGAGACCCACGUGACCUGGGCAACGUUUAAGAUGGCGUUGAUUAAAGAGGAGAGUGAAGACAUGAGGAUUGAAGUGAAGCAAGAGACUGAGGAACAAACAGAUCUGAUGGCACUGAAAGAGGAGAGUCAAGAACUGAAUGAAAUUCAUCAUGAAUUCAUUACUGGAGAAGAAUCAUUUAGUUGCUCACAGACUGACAAGACUUCACAAGAAAGAGCUCAAAAGGCCACAAAUAUAAGCCAUUUCACAUGUCAACAGUGUGGAAAAGGAUUCAACAGGAAAUCAAACCUCAAAUCUCACAUGAGAAUACACACCGGAGAGAGGCCGUACACAUGCCCUCAGUGUGGAAUAAGUUUCACUCAGAAAGUGAUCCUUGACCGGCAUAUUAGGAUUCACUCUGGAGAGAAGCCCUUCUCCUGCACGCUCUGCGGAUACAGGUGCAUUAGAAAAGGAUGCCUUAAAAGCCACAUGAGGAUUCAUUCCGGAGAAAAGCCUUACACCUGCAAUCUGUGUGGAAACAGUUUCCUUCGGCGAGGAAGCCUUGAGAGCCACAUGAGGAUUCACACCGGAGAGAAGCCUUUCACAUGCCAUCAGUGUGGAAGGAGUUUUACACACAAACCAACGUUUAAUUCCCACAUGAGAGUUCACACCGGAGAGAAGCCUUACACAUGCCCUCAGUGUGGCAAGAGUUUCACUGAAAAAGGAAACCUUAAAAAACAUGUGCGAGUUCACACUGGAGAGAAGCCGUAUACCUGCCGACACUGCGGAUGUGGUUUCACUAAUAAAGGAAACCUUAAAAAACACGAGAUCAUCCACACUGGAGAGAAGCCGUUUGCGUGUGGUCAGUGUGGAAAGAGUUUCGGACAUAAAGUAUCCCUUAAUUCCCACAUGAAGAUUCACAUGUUGUGACCAGAGUAAUAAAAAAUAUACAGUA